UCCCUAGCUUAUGUAAACACGCGCCUCAUUCUUCAUUGAGCAGAGUCCAUAGCCGCAGUUUGCAUCGUUACCUCCUUAAACCAAAACAGAAUUUUCCACAUCUUACCUAGCCUCUGAUUCGCGACAAUGGCGACCCAAAUGAGUAAGAAGAGAAAGUUUGUAGCUGAUGGAGUUUUCUUUGCUGAGCUGAACGAGGUUCUGACCAGAGAGCUUGCUGAGGAUGGAUACUCGGGUGUUGAAGUUAGGGUUACCCCUAUGCGCACUGAGAUCAUCAUCAGAGCCACUCGAACCCAGGCUGUUCUUGGUGAGAAGGGAAGAAGAAUUAGGGAGCUUACCUCAGUGGUACAGAAGAGGUUCAAGUUUCCAGAGAAUAGUGUGGAGUUAUAUGCUGAGAAGGUUAACAACAGGGGUCUUUGUGCUAUUGCUCAGGCAGAGUCUCUCCGUUACAAGCUACUUGGUGGACUUGCUGUCCGGAGGGCCUGCUAUGGUGUUUUGAGAUUUGUUAUGGAAAGUGGUGCCAAGGGAUGCGAGGUCAUUGUUAGUGGAAAAUUGAGAGCUCAGAGAGCCAAAUCUAUGAAAUUCAAGGAUGGUUACAUGAUUUCUUCUGGUCAACCGGUCAAGGAUUACAUUGACUCUGCAGUGAGACAUGUGCUCCUUAGACAGGGUGUUCUCGGUAUCAAGGUCAAGAUCAUGCUUGAUUGGGAUCCUAAAGGGAAACAGGGUCCCAAAACUCCCCUACCUGAUAUUGUCACAAUCCAUACUCCAAAGGAGGAGGAAGAAUACAUCCGGCCUGCUCCUGUUGUGGCAAAUGAUAUUGAAGUCCCUGUUGCUUGAAAUGUUUUGAUUACUGGAGUAGUGACUGAUAGUACCUGAGUGGCUACAAUGUUUGUUGUCAAAGACUUGUUCAAAAUUUUCUAGUUUUUUUAUCUGUUUAAGAAAUUGUUACACUUCAGUUACGAGUAUUUUGGCAUCAAUCGUUCUAACUUUUCCCUCCCUCUAAUGCAGUUCGAAUUUUGUUUGUGGUAGACA